ACUGAAAACAAGCAUUACACAGCACUACAAGCUUGCAUACAUUUUGCGUUUCACACAGCAUACUGCAGCUACUACUGUCAAAAAUUAAAAGCUUGUCUGUUUGUGAUAUAGAAGAAAUCAAUUGGUAUCCAUUCGAUUGACUCAGUGCGCGAAACUGUGCAAUGUCGAGUGGCGAUGCAGUGGUUGCUUCUGUGGACGAACUAGUCGAGCGCGUGGUCGAAGUUACCGCCUGCACAGCCGAUGAGGCCAAACAUUACCUGGGAGCCUGUGCCAACGAUGUCGCUGCAGCAGUUGCAUUGUUUUUCGAACAAGGUGGCAGCUCUGCCACCGCUGCUGCUGCAGGCGGCGGCACUGCCUCCACUUCGUCCAGUGCUGCCAUCCAGGACGAUGACGAAGUGCGUGCUCCCAUUGCUCCCGUGCGCGAACAGCUGCUUCUACCGGAGGAUGACAAUUUUUUUGCGUCCGGCAGCAGCAGCAACAGCAGUCGCUUGUCUCGUAUGACGCAGCGCGUAAAAGUCUGUCCACUACGGGACUUUGCACGAGAGGGCGCCUUAAUGGAGGAACAAUUGCAGGCGACGGGCCUCUACUCCGAUGCUAGCACACAUCGUCGGCGUCGUGAGCGUUCCGCUCAAAUGGUUGUAGCUGGCCAGGCGCUGCUCAACAGCCAUCGGUCUAGUGCAGCUAGCUCUAGCUCCAACUCGACCUCAUCCCGCCUUGGUGAUCUCUUCCGGCCGCCCACUGAUAUUCUGUAUUCGGGCUCAUUGGCGGCGGCUCGCGAAUUUGCCAGCAAACGUGAACGCUGGCUGCUAGUAAAUGUGCAGAGUGAUAACUUUCAAUCGCAGACCAUGAAUCGUGAUGUCUGGAGCAGCAAGGACCUAAAGCAACUAGUUCGCAGGCAAUUUGUGCUCUGGCAGGUGGAUGACGAUAGCUCCGAAGGUCGACGUUUUGUCGCCUUCUAUCAUUGCGCUAAGCUGCCGUAUUUAUGUGUCAUCGAUCCACGAACCGGGGAAGAAGUUUGGCGCAGUCCCGAGCCCAAUCAGCAGAAUGUAUUGCCUGACUUACGGCAAUUUCUGCGUGAUCAUCGCGACUUUUCGCUGGAGGAGGCGAGCACUUCGAAGCGAGCGGCCAUUCAAAUCGAUGACGAUGACGAUGAGUUAGAGGAGGGAGCAGCUUCAUGCUCCUCAUCGACAGCAGGCACGCCCAAGAAACGUGCACGUCUGCUGGAGCUCACCGAGGAGGAGCAACUUGAGCUAGCCAUUAAGAAUUCCAUGAAUGAGAAUGGCGGCGGCGGCAACAGCGCACCAACGAAAUCCGGGAGCAAUUCCAACGCUGCGGCCAAUAGCGAUUGCGAGAGUCUCGAGGAAUUCGAUGAGGAUGAGAUCAAAGGUAUUGCCAUCUCUUAUGAAACCCAGCUGGGCACUCAGUUGGAGGAGUUAACGGCACUUAAGUUGCGUCUCCUGAACUCCAGCGGCUCGGAUGAAGUUGUCCAGUUGCGUUGGCCGUCGGAUACGAAACUUAAGACCUUGCGUCUCUAUAUAAGGCAAACGCACAAGCACAUACCGCUGGAGGGUUACAAGUUAAUCUGUGCCUUUCCACGCAAGUCCCUGGAGAUGGAGCAUAAUGAGUCUACGCUCAAAGAAUUGGGACUGCAUCCCUCCGCAAAUGUGCAUCUCACGCUUGACGAAUAGAUUUGCACAUGAUUCAUAUUUAUUUUAAACUAUCUGUCAUUCUGUCUCCAACGCCCUUUCCUGUCUUCUACUCCACAUGAAUUAAGCACAUUAAUAUAUUGCUAAAAAUAAUUUUAAGUGAAACAGCAUUGAAUAAAAAUCAUCAAAUUGAA